UGCCCGGCAUGGCGACUCGCUGGCGUCAUCUGGGCCGCAGCCGGAGGAGGAGGCGGAAGAUGGCGUCCGCGGCCGGGCGGCUGUAAAGAGCGCGGCGGCGGCGGCGAGGGCUGCCGAUGGCGGCCGGGAGGCACCCUCGGACACCCGCCGGCCGUUAGGGCGCGACGCUGGGCGGCAUGUCGGAACACGCGGCGCCCGGAGCUCCGGGGCCCGGGCCCAACGGUGGCGGUGGCGGCGGCGGCCCGGCCCCCGCGCGCGGGCCUCGCACCCCUAACCUCAACCCCAACCCCCUCAUCAACGUGCGCGACCGGCUCUUCCACGCGCUCUUCUUCAAGAUGGCUGUCACCUACUCGCGGCUCUUCCCGCCCGCCUUCCGCCGUCUCUUCGAGUUCUUCGUGUUGCUCAAGGCCCUGUUUGUGCUCUUCGUCCUGGCCUACAUCCACAUCGUCUUCUCCCGCUCGCCCAUCAACUGCCUGGAGCACGUGCGUGACAAGUGGCCUCGCGAGGGCAUCCUGCGCGUGGAGGUGCGGCACAACUCCAGCCGCGCGCCGGUCUUCCUGCAGUUCUGUGACGGCGGCCGCGGGAGCUUCCCAGGCUUGGCCAUGGAGCCGGGCAGCAGCCUGGAGCUGGAAGACGAGGAGGAGGAGGAGCUGAGCAUGGAGAUGUUUGGGAACAGCUCCAUCAAGGCUGGUGCUGCUGACGCCCUGGUCCCUGGUCACCCACAGUUUGAGCUGGACAUCGAGCCCAAAGUGUUCAAGCCGCCGAGUAACACAGAGGCUCUGAAUGACAGCCAGGAGUUCCCCUUCCCUGAGACGCCCACCAAAGUAUGGCCGCAGGACGAGUACAUCGUGGAGUACUCGCUGGAGUAUGGCUUCCUCCGCCUGUCGCAGGCCACGCGCCAGCGCCUGAGCAUCCCGGUCAUGGUGGUCACCCUGGACCCCACGCGGGACCAGUGUUUCGGAGACCGCUUCAGCCGCCUGCUGCUGGAUGAGUUCCUGGGCUACGAUGACAUCCUCAUGUCCAGCGUGAAGGGCCUGGCGGAAAACGAGGAGAACAAGGGCUUCCUGCGGAACGUGGUGUCGGGCGAGCACUACCGCUUCGUGAGCAUGUGGAUGGCGCGCACGUCCUACCUGGCCGCCUUCGUCAUCAUGGUCAUCUUCACGCUGAGCGUGUCCAUGCUGCUGCGCUACUCACACCACCAGAUCUUCGUCUUCAUCGCGCCCCUGCUGACCGUCAUCCUGGCCCUCGUCGGUGAGGACCCAACCCAGGCCUCCCCCGCCCCGCGCCGCACCCCACCCCGCCCGCUCCAACCGCCGCCGCCUCUCCCCGCAGGGAUGGAGGCCAUCAUGUCGGAGUUCUUCAACGACACCACCACCGCCUUCUACAUCAUCCUCAUCGUGUGGCUCGCUGACCAGUACGACGCCAUCUGCUGCCACACCAGCACUAGCAAGCGGCACUGGCUGCGAUUCUUCUAUCUCUACCACUUCGCCUUCUACGCCUACCACUACCGCUUCAACGGGCAGUACAGCAGCCUGGCCCUGGUCACCUCCUGGCUCUUCAUUCAGCAUUCCAUGAUCUACUUUUUCCACCACUACGAGCUGCCCGCCAUCCUGCAGCAGGUCCGCAUCCAGGAGAUGCUGCUGCAGGCGCCGCCCCUGGGCCCCGGGACCCCCACGGCGCUGCCCGACGACAUGAACAACAAUUCGGGCGCCCCAGCCGCCGCCCCCGACUCUACCAGCCAGCCCCCUGCCCUGGGCCCCAUCUCGCCUGGGGCCAGCGGGAGUCCAGGGCCUGUGGCCGCGGCGCCCAGCUCCCUGGUGGCUGCAGCAGCCUCAGUGGCAGCAGCUGCCGGCGGUGACCUGGGCUGGAUGGCAGAGACCGCUGCUAUCAUCACAGACGCCUCCUUCCUGUCCGGCCUGAGCGCCUCCCUCCUGGAGCGGCGUCCAGCCAGCCCGCUGGGCCCUCCUGGGGGCAUCCCCCGCACCCCACAGGACAGUGUCCCCCCGAGUGACUCCGCAGCUCCUGACACAACGCCCCUGGCAGCUGCGGUGAGCGGGUUUAGCCCGGCCUCCACGGCCCCAGUGGAGGCGCCCUCGGAGGCUGGAUCCUGAGCCGCACAGCUGAGCUGCCUCUGACCCCGGCUGUCCCGACUGGCUGGGCGUGACCUGCUGGAGCCUGUGGGGGUAGGGGAGGCCGUCUCGCGUGGGGGCUCCCGGCCACCUCCUUCCCCUGGUACUGCCCAGCCUGCCUCGGUGGCGUUCAGGGUUUCAUGGGGUUUGGCCAGAAGGCAGGCUUCCCUCCCCAUGGUGUGAGGUCGCGCCCCAGGCUUGUACCCGCUAGUGAGCUGUUUGAGCUGGCCAGCAAGGAAGAGGGGUGGGGUUCCAUGGAAGGUUCUGGGCGCUUGGUGGAAGGUCUGCAGUGAACGUCCUGAGGUGGAGUGGGGUCCCCAUGGUGCAGGCCUCUGAGCACGCGGAGGUGUGGAGGGGCGGCCGGGGCGGGUCCUGGGACCCUAGCGCUGUCCCUGCCGGCCUCGGCCCGGCUCUGCCUGGUGCUCUGUGCAGUGCCUUCUCCACGGCCCGGCCCUCCCCGCGUGUGCACCAGGCCUGGGGGCCCCGGGAGAGCAGAGCUUGUGCCUCGGGCAUAGGGACGUGGGGUGAGGCGCCAACACCAGUGGCAGCAGCCAGGGCUGUGGUCGAGCUCUGCUCCGGGGUGGAGUGGGCCAGCGGCCAAACCAGUCACUCGGGGAGGAAUGCGGAGGAGAGCUCAUUCCAUUCUAUUUAAUUGCAGUGUACAAAAUUGUGUUUGUAUAUAGAAUAAACUGUCUGUUGACAGCG